AAACAUGUGUUUGCAAAGCAUAUAAUUUGUACACGUUGAGGAGCUUUCACCAGCAGUGACAACUCAAAGCCCACCCUCCAUACCUGAUUUAGAAACAUCGUCUAACAUUAAUCCCCAUAUCCAAUAUUUUCCCAUUUGCAAACAAAAUUCCAUCCUUUUUCAACUUUUUGUUUGCUUCUAUCUAAACAAUUCAAUAAACAUAUCCAAGUUUUCCUGAAAGCCGAAAACGAAAAAGAAAAAGAAUGGGUUUGGAUGAGGGGAAACCAGAGGGUGAAGGGAAAGUAUGGAGUCUUCCUAAAAUGCCAUUUUGGCAGACGAGUAAUGGCAAUGAGAAAGGCUCUUCUUCAUCUUCAUCAAUGUGCCAGGGCAACAACAAUGUUUAUCAGCAAAGCCAAAGUAGUCAGCUUGGUGAAAGAUCAAUCGUGACGUCUUCAAAUGCAGUUUCUUCUAUGGCAAAAUCUUUGCUUCCUACUCGAAGAAGACUCAGGCUUGAUCCUUCCUACAAGUUAUAUUUUCCUUAUGAACCAGGUAAACAGGUGAAGAGUGCCAUUGGCAUUAAAAACACUAGCAAGUCUCUUGUAGCUUUCAAGUUCCAAACUACUGCACCAAAGAGUUGUUACAUGCGACCUCCGGGAGGUAUACUUUCUCCUGGUGAAUGUCUUGUUGCAACUGUAUUCAAGUUUGUGGAACCUCCGGAGAAUAAUGAGAAACGAAUAGAACAAAAGAGCAGGGUUAAAUUCAAGAUCAUGAGCUUAAAAGUGAAGGGAGAAACAGAUUAUGUCCCAGAACUGUUUGAUGAGCAAAAGGAUCAAGUUGCAGUCGAGCAGAUUCUACGUGUAGUUUUUCUUGACCCAGAACGCCCUUGUCCUGCAAUGGAAAAACUUAAAUAUCAACUGGCUGAGGCAGAGGCUGAGGCUGCACUUGAAGCACGCAAAAAGCCUCCAGAAGACACAGGACCACGUAUAGUUGGGGAAGGACUUGUUAUAGAUGAAUGGAAAGAACGGAGGGAAAGAUACCUAGCUAGGCAGCAGGUUGAAGGUGUUGAUUCUGCAUAGAAGUGCAACCUUUCUAUUGCUUUGUGCCUUGGACACUUCUUUUCUUGAGCUGAAGUUUCCAUUUUGUGCGGUUGAGCUCUUUUCUAAUUUGUCACCGUGUUGAUGUGAUCAAGAUGGGACUCGAAAAAGAGGUAAAAUGUAAACAUGUUCGUUGCUGUUAAAUUUUAGCUGAAUUCCAUUUGGUUUAAGAUAAUUAAAGGGUUUUCCCCUUAUUUGUUGUAGAUAAUGGGUUUUCUAUUAGUAACCAAAUUGUCGAUUUUGGCAGAACAAAGUUAGAUAAUGGGGUUCCUCAUUGUGGUUUUCCUCUAGUUUUAUGAAUUACACUCGAGAAACUCAGUAAUUUGGAGCUUUAAAAAGCCAAUUGCUCAAAUGAACACAUGGAAAAGUAUAUGCAUAAUAGUAGUGGGGCCCAACAUUGUUAUCGGUUCCGGCAAAGCAAUCAAGAAAAAAGGUGUUGAUUAAGAUGCUUUGGUUGGUUCUCACAUGCAAUGAGGAGUCACCAUUAUUAGCGUUGUCUAAUGUGGUGAUGCCUGAUAGGUUGAAGGCGGGCAAAAAUCCUGUUUCAUUUUUUUUUAAUUAUAUGAACUACUGGAAAAUAGAUU